AUGACAGCCGGAACUGUGGUCAUCACAGGCGGAAUAUUAGCGACUGUCAUCUUACUUUGCAUCAUAGCCGUGCUCUGCUACUGUAGGCUUCAGUAUUAUUGCUGCAAGAAGGAUGAAUCAGAAGAAGAGGCAGACGAGCCAGACUUUGCUGUGGACUCCCACAUCCCUCCUCUCCACUGCAACCGCAACGUGGCACUGACCAACGGCCCGUCUUUGUAUCAUUCUUCCCCCUACAAGAAGCCUUCCCAGUGCCGGACGGUCUGUCCCAACUGCUCCCAUUUUGAGCCUCCCACAUUCUUCCUGCAAGAGCCGGAAGAGGAAGUCCGAAAUGGAGGCGACCGCAUCAACUACAAGGCCAUCAGCCAGGAAGACCUGGAGCUGCCUGUCAGUGUGAGCGGCCUCCAGGCCCUGAACCCCAACCGCCUGACGGCCAUGCGCGAAGCCUUCUCCCGCAGCCGGAGCAUCAGCACUGACGUCUGACACACGGGGCACGGCUCCCGCGGGCACCCAGAGGGCGGUGGAUGGUUUCCUACCUUCUUGCGGCUUUUAGAA